AUGCCUACGAGGCGACGCGUCACUGGCCAGGCAACUCUUGCCAAGCUCUGGCUAUUGGGUGUCCUUCUGCUCAUCACAAUCGCUGCCAGCAGCUGGCCAACGGGGACAUCGGCUGCACCGCGUGUGGCCCGUGGAGCUCAUCUGAUUUGGCCUCAUCCCAAUAGCUCAACAGAACCAGCUCCUUCGAAACCAAAAGCACCAGGAGCAGCAGCAGCGACACCAGGACAUCCGCUUCGCAGACGGUUGAAGGCCAGACGCCUUCAUCACGUCUUGGUGAGGGAAGCUGAAAAGGAGCCCGCAGUAUUGUUUAUAAACCAGAACGAAGGACUAAGGAGUUGCAAAAGCAUGGAGGUCAAGGCCAAGGGAUUUGUUGAGCUCGAGAAGGCGCUGAAGAAAGCCCAGAGCUACAAAGACACUGUGAUCUGUAUCACCGAAGAUUGGCUUCAGAACUUUUACAAUGGCACCAGCAUCAGUGUGGAGGCCCAUCGCUUCAAACACCACAGCCUGGACCUCGAGCAUCCGCUAAGGGAUCAGGUCAGCAAGGUGACAUUGAGCGCAGAGGGAAAGUUCGAGUACAAGGGUCCCGUUGGCACUCUCAAGGAGGAGAUGCCCAAGAUCGUUGAGACCCUGUUGGUGUUGGAGGCCCUGAUCAAUAAUGUGACAUACAGCAAGGGUCACUUUCCGUGCACCUUCAGGUACAUCAGGGACGCUGUGCAGAGCAACACAGCCAGUGCCAUGGUCCUUAUGGAGGAGCAGCAGUGCAAUCCCCAGAAGGAGAUCCAUUACCACCAGGGUCUGGUGCGGCUGCCCUUCUUCGUGGCCAUGGAGACCAUCAAGGUGCUGACCGUACUGGAGUAUACCUAUGAGCAGCUGCUCAAGGCUUAACUAACCUGAAGCCACUUCGAUUCGAUCGAUCUCGAUCGGAUAGCAAGCAAUACCAAAAAGAAACUGAUACCGCUGACCCACUGCAAUCUCAAGAGCCCCACAAGGCCACUACCCCAUUCGUACUUAGAUCCUACUAUUUAUUUAUUUGCCACUAUAUUUAUCUAUUUAUUUCUUCUUACCGCCAAUCCAUUUAGAAUUUAAAUCGCUACUCAUACUAUUUAUAUCCAUGACCACGCACACAUCGCCUCACACCCAACCCAUACACCGCCUCGCA